AAAGAUUUAUAGGUUAAGUACAAGUCGUGUGUCAAAUCUAUCAAAAUAAAAAUCUCCAGAAGUCCAUUGAUUUCCUGCGGAAAGGAUAACCAAAAUAUUCCUGAAAAAGAAAUAAAACAGCAGACAAGUCACCAGCGAAGUUACUGUUCUUGUGAUGUCUUCUCGAGUGUUGCGAAAAUUACAGGGGGAUAAAGACAUUGUGGAUGAAAUAUCUGAUACAGAAACCGACAUUCCUGUUAGUGGGGGUGCCCGACGAAAACAACUCAACAUCAAUCGCUACGAUCUGCUGAACCAACAGUCACACUCAGAGAGCGAAGUCAAGGAAGACGACAAUGAAACGGAGGCUGCCAAGUCAUGUGAAGGGGACCCAAACCACGAGGCGGUCAAGCGAAAGAAAAAGAAGAAGAAGAAAAAGUCAGGGAAACAUGUGAAUCCGCAGCGAAGCAGCGAGGACAAUGCUGAUAUCGACGAAGUCGAGAGAUCAGUUCGUGAGGUGAACAGACUCUUGGGCGAAAGCCACUUGCCUAAAACCACCUCAGCUCCUCCAUUCAACACCAAGCACGAGAAAAAUGUCCACAAUAAGAACAUUCUGUCCGUGCAACAUAAACAUUUGAACCCGAACAAUGAAUUGAAAAAGAUAUUUGGCUCAAAAAUUAUCCAAGCUGAACACAAAAGAAAAAACAGAGGGAGGGGACAUACAAAGACAACGUGGCUAGUAAGUGGUAAAGAUACGUGGCCCCAAGUGGGCAAGUCGGGACUUUCCAUGAACUUGCUCGAAAAUAAACAGGGGAUUCAAUAUUUUACCUACGAACACAGUCAGAGUUACCGCCAGAUACAGAACAGGUUUCUUGAGUCAGUUGAAAGUCUAAAUCCUGAUAAUAUUGUUGCAAUUAUUAAUGACCACCCUUACCACAUUGAUGCCCUGAUACAGUUGUCAGAUUUGUGUAAAUUGAGCGAGGAUCUGGCAAUGGCAGCUGAGUUUAUUGAAAGGGCGCUCUAUUGCCUGGAGUGCGCUUUUCACCCUCUUUUCAAUGUUGCGCAAGGAAACUGCAGGCUGGACUACAGAAGGCAGGAAAACAGGGCUUUAUACAUAACAAUCUUCAAGCACCUGACUUUCGUCGGGGGCCGCGCUUGCUGUCGAACGGCCCUCGAGUUCUGCAAGCUUCUCCUUUCGCUGGACCCCGACGGCGACCCCCUUGCCAUUAAACUAGCAAUUGACUUUUAUGCUUUACGUGCCCGCGAGUACAACUGGCUGAUUGACUUUGCUGACGAAUGGGAGACAGCAAAGAACUUGUCCCAACUCCCAAACUUUGCUUUCUCAACAGCCGUGGCCCAUUUCCACACAUCGAACGGCGAAACGGCCAAAGCCGACAGUUUGCUUCAGAACGCGUUGUUAAUGUUCCCCGGCGUACUCAUGCCUUUACUUGAAAAAUGCUCAGUGCAAAUUGACAACAGGGUAAUGACGCACAAAUUCUUCUCAGUUAACGAAAACAAACAAUCGGCCGCUCUGACACAGCUGAUCCAGUUGUAUGUGAGUAGGUGUUACCAUGUGUGGAAAGACAGCGAUUUGAUGCACUGGCUGGAACGCAAUGUGCACGCAGUGUUGGAUCGAGUUGAUAAAAAUGACCCAGUUGUGAAGGAUUAUGAGACGAAACGGGCCAAAAGGUACCAAGGCUCCCUGCCAAGGAGCAUAGCGAGACAUAUUCUGCUCUCAGACAUCAAGGAUCUAACACCAAUCACUGAUGAUUUCAGCGGACCUGUCUUAGGGUUCGAUCCUUUGCCCCCUCAAGACUCCAUCAACAUCUACACCAAGCCAAAACGGCCAACAGUCUCAAAUAAUAGUUCCAUUCCUUUAAGUAUUUUCUUCAGGUCGAUUUUGCCCAACUUUAAUCCCAAUCAGAUUCCACCAAAUCUUUUGGACCCACCGAGAGAGGAAGAUGGCGCUGCAGCUCUUCCGGUUUACGAAAACGCAAACAAUGACGCUGGAGAUUUUAGACGAAGUGUCGUAUCAUUGGUUGGGGCAAUGAGAGACUUGUUGAACAACAUAAGGCCCCCAGAAAUGGAAGUACCGAACGACGCUGAUGUUGACGAAGAUUACGACGACCUUACCUAAUAAUUAGUCUAAUUCGCUAGUGAAGAAAACACUAAACCUUUUAUUUCCUUAUUGUUGCUAUAUUCUAAAAAUGUUUAUUAUUACAAUUAUGAUAUAACCAAAUAAAUUGAUAAUCUGUC